CACUAUAACAGUAAGAAGUGUUAGUGUCCAGCAUAUGAGUCAGAGUUUUAGUCCAGUGAGAAUGGAAGUUGUGAGAGUUUUUAUUGCUGUGAGUUUAGCUUUCUUGGUUUUGAGUGUGUUAGGUGAAAACAUGACUGGAUUAUCACCUUGUGAUUUUCCAGCAAUUUACAACUUUGGAGACUCCAAUUCAGACACUGGUGGGAUAGCAGCAGCAUUCUACCCAGCAGGGCAACCGUCUGGCGAGACUUUUUUCCAUCAGCCAGUUGGAAGAGCUUCCGAUGGGCGCCUUAUAAUAGACUUUAUUGCCGAGUCCCUUAGAUUGCCAUACUUGAGCGCAUACCUAAACUCAAUAGGAACAAGUUUCAGGUAUGGUGCAAAUUUUGCCACUGGCGGAUCAACCAUUAGGCGGCUUAAUGAAUCCUUCUUUUCAAAUGGUGUAAGCCCGUUUUCUCUAGAUAUCCAGAUUGUGCAGUUCGACCAGUUCAAGGCGCGUACCAGCAAUCUCUACAACCAAACCCAGGAACAGUUCCACAAAAGUAAUCUUCCAAGGCCUGAGGACUUCUCCAAGGCUCUUUAUACAUUUGACAUUGGCCAAAAUGAUAUUGCUGCUGGUUUUCGAACAAUGAGUGAUAAACAGUUUCAAGCAGUAAUCCCAGACAUAAUUGGGCAGCUAGCUACCGCAGUUCAACAUCUGUACCAAGGAGGGGCAAGAUCAUUUUGGAUACACAACACUGGUCCCAUUGGCUGCUUGCCAGUGACCCUACACUACUACCACCAACCAACGCCUGGCAUUCUUGACGGGCAUGGAUGUGUCAUAGCUCAAAAUGAUGUGGCUAAAGAGUUCAAUUGGCACCUUGAGAGUCGUGUCAUCAAACUAAGGGAACAGCUACCUGAUGCUGCAUUAACAUACGUGGAUGUCUUUACAGCAAAGUACAAACUAAUUAGCAAUGCAAAGGAGCAAGGAUUUGUGGAUGUAAGAAACAUUUGCUGUGGGUAUCACGAGGAUUACAAGCAUGUGUGGUGUGGGAAUAAGGAUAAGAUUAAUGGUACUGAAAUUUAUGCUGGGUCUUGUGAAGAUCCUUCCUUGUAUAUUAGCUGGGAUGGUAUUCAUUACACUGAAGCUGCAAAUCAUUGGAUUGCUAAUCAGAUAAUCGAUGGUUCAUUCUCGGACCCAACAAUUCCAAUUACACAUGCAUGCCAUAUGGGUUGAUUUGUAUGAUCAGAAAUU